UACUAAGACAACUCAAUGAGCGACUUCUGAUUACCACGCAACUCGAAUCGAGCCGUGUGAUUAGGAUCCCAUAACACUCCAGGAGGGAUACCGGCCUUGUUCUUAUGUUUUCUGCUGUUCAGAGUCGAUAUUUUGCCCCUGAUUCACCCAUGUGGUUAUCUACAAGCACCCUGACCGCCCACUCCCUACAGUAGUAGCGCAAUAGCGUGUUCUGGCAGCCGCAUCCCCCACUCGAGAUGGGAGAUCGCGAGAUCCUCGAGGUGACCCGGCGCGAAUCACCUUUAAAUAUGGAUAAUGGUUCUAGUGAGGCUCGGAAGUUGCCGCCCCACGCGCCGGCGAAGAAGAAGUCCCGGUCGAGUCGCGACGCCGCUGCCAUCAAGCGACGAUGCGUGAGCACAGCCUGCAUUGCCUGUCGCCGGAGGAAGUCAAAGUGUGAUGGCAAUACGCCGUCGUGCGCUGCCUGCUCGAGCGUCUAUGACACUGAAUGCGUGUACGACCCAAAUAGCGACCAUCGACGUAAGGGAGUGUAUAAGGAAAAGGCCGAUAUCAAGGCGCGCGAGUCGACAUUGCAGACGAUCGUGCAGGCAAUACUGAACUCCUCCGAAGACAGUGUUUCGGCUUUGGUUCGACAGAUACGCACCUGCGACAACCUAGACGAUGUCGCAGACACUAUCGCCCGAAAGGAAAACUCCGAUGUGAGGGCGGAGGACGAGGACGAUGAUGAUCUCAUGAUUGCGGCAUACUCUCAAACCGUCGCUCCGACCUUUGAAAACGAGCUUUCGGGGAAAAUGGGCGAAUUGAGGAUCGAGAAUGGGUCGAUGCGGUUCAUUGGCGGCACAUCGAACUUGAUAUAUCUCUCACCAGAGGAUGAUGAGAAGGAUGGCUCGGACGCGCUACAGCAACAAGAUGCGCCAUUAUUAAGCUGGACAACUGUUACGGCGGACGCUGAGCUUAUACUACAUUUGCUAAACAUGUACCUGAGCUGGCACUACCCAUACUUCACGACAUUAUCGAAGAGCCUCUUCUUACGAGACUUCCUCCUGGGAAAACCGCCCGGGAAUUCCAAGCGGACAUUAUACUGCUCGUCAUUGCUAGUCAAUGCAAUGUUGGCACUAGGGUGUCACUUCACCAAUUCGCCAGCGGGCUGUGCGGAUCCAGAGGACCCCGCUACGAAAGGAGACGCAUUCUUCCAAGAAGCCAAGCGCUUAUUUGUUGAGAAUGAUGAAUAUGAGAAGCCACGAUUAACGACUGUACAAGCCUUAGCAUUAAUGUCCCUGAGGGAAGCCGGCUGCGGCCGCGAAGCAAAGGGCUGGGUAUACAGCGGAAUGAGCUUCCGCAUGGCGUUAGAUAUGGGUCUAAAUCUAGAUUCCGGCGGAAUGGCCAGCAGCAAGGACCCAAUGGAUGAGAAAGAGAUCGACGCACGAAGAGUAACAUUCUGGGGCUGCUAUUUGCUCGAUAAGUGCUGGUCCAACUACCUGGGACGCAUGCCCCAGCUGCCGACGUCAAAUAUAACUGCUCCAAAAUACGAUGUCUUCCCGGAUGAGGACAGUGACACUUGGUCGCCAUACACCGAUACUGGAGUUAGUCAGUUGCAUUCGCAGCCGUCACGCACAAGAGCAGUUGCGUUGCAAAUAUCAGCAUUGUGCGAGAUCAGUAGCGACCUACUGAUAUUUUUCUAUCAUCCCCAGACGCUGGAGCGGUCUAUGGGGAAGCAGUCCGAGCUGAAGAAGUUGAGUGAGCUGCAUACCCGCCUUGAGGCAUGGCGCAAGGAGCUGCCCAAGGAGUUUGAGUAUAAAGAGGGGCAACUACCUAAUGUUUUACUUAUGCACAUGUUUUUCCAUCUCCUUUACAUCCAUCUAUUCCGCCCAUUCCUGAAAUACAACCCAUCGACCUCUCCUCUUCCCAGUCACGUCUCGCCCCGAAAAUUCUGUACUUCCGCUGCCUCCGCAAUCUCCAAACUCAUGCGUCUGUACAAGCGCACCUAUGGACUCCGUCAAAUCUGCAACAUCGCCGUCUAUAUGGUCCACUCGGCUUGCACCAUUCACCUACUCAACUUACCCGACAAAGCUGCCAAGCGCGACAUCAUCCAUGGCACCAAGCACCUCGAAGAGAUCGCAGAGGACUGGUUAUGUGCCCGCCGCACCUUAAGCAUCAUAAGCGUACUCGCAUGCAAAUGGAAGAUCGAGCUCCCAGAAGAAGCACGCGACGUCCUCCAUCGCACCGACGCCAAAUACGGCACCUUCUCCCCCACCGACGUCCCCAGCCCCAAAUCCGAAUUGAACUUGGGUACGCCGCCGGGGUACAGCUCUCCCGAGGCUCCCAAAGCCGCGAAGACCGUAUCGGUGCCGCCGCCAAACCCACCAGGCAGCGCGCAGAAUAACGUGUACACGACCUUAGCGCCCUUCGUGCCCGUAUCGGCCGCAGGAGCAGAGGUAGGCCCCAUGUCUCUCGUCGAUGACUCUGGGUUGAACAUGACAGUGCCGUACCUUCGAAGCGCCGCAACAGGCCUCUUCAACGUCCUCCCCCCCAAUAUAGGCAGCAGCCCACGCACUUCGAAGCCGGGACAGACGGCGCCGCGGCAGGCGAUGGCGGGUCCAUCGCAAGGGAGGCAAGUUAGUCCAACAACGUUGUUUGGGGGACAGGGGGCGAUGGGUGAGGGUCAGGAUUGGUGGCUGCGCGAUCAGGCGAGCCUGGCGGUCGGGUUUGAUAAUUGGGAGGAUUUAGGGAGUGUGGGUGGGGAGGGGGCUUUCUUCACGGGCGAGGCCUCGGGUUUGGACGAUAGUCCAAGAAUGGGGGGCCCUGUAAGCCAGGAGGAAUGGUAUAAUUAGGCUUGCACAAAAGGGAUACCGUGAGGAUAUUUUUUUGCGAAUUGUCUGGUCGUUUAGGACUGGUGGCUGGUGGGGUUUAAUAAGGGAAGACAUUAUGGCCUGAAAAUGGCGGUAUAUAUCACUCUCAACUCUCGUCUUUAGCCUAUUACUUCUUAGAAAGUAUUUUUUUAGGCACGCGUGGGAUCUAUUCAAAAUAGAAACCACAUCGAUUCGCAGUCAUCUCGUCUUCGUGGCGUUUCGGUUUUGUUUUCAUAAAAUAAGGAUAAGUUAAACUUAAUAUAACCCAGAAUAAUUAUUUAAUUCAACCAACAAUAGAUUAUCAAUCACGACUGCAAACGUAUAGUCUAUACCGACUAUAUGCUAUCAUUGCAAAUCAUAGCCAUAUUAUACUGUCCGAGACUCUGUUCUUAUUGAUGCCACGUGGCUGUCCUCCAAACGCGCAUUAGAGGAAGAGAUGGAACGGAUACAUUCCGUGUUCGAUAUCUAAGCAUGGCUCAACUUCGCAUGAUCCCUCAGGAUAUCAUUCAAUCCAUCCCGCUUCUUGCACUGGUCAAAGUGGAAGCUCUUCGCGCACUCCUCCAGCUCUUCCUUGCCCAUUCCACUGAACUGCUGGGCAAACUUAUCCGACAACGUCCGUGACAAGAACGUCUGAAGAACCGCGCGCCUGACAUGACACUCCACGUUCCACGGAGUUGGGUACUCAUCCUUCGCAUCCGGGUUCACCUUCUCAAGCUCUGCCACAAGCGGGGCCAUUACCGACUCCAUGGAGGCGCCGGGAUACGAUCCCCACGCAUCUAGCUGGGCAUCCACUUUGAUCUGGAGGGAAGGGGCAAUAGUACGAUUCCACUUCGACUCCGGGUCCGUGUAGAUCAUACCCUGCAGGCCAAUGUCCUUAUAUAGCCAGAUGCUCCAGGGGAUAGCGUGCUUAUCGUAAAUAUUCAGUUGCUCCGCGAGCAUGUUAUAGCGCUGCUCAUUGAUCUUUUUCGCAGCUUCGUCUUUCUCAUGGAUGCUGUAGACUGGCCCGAACUCGCCGUUCCAGCACGGCACAUCGUAUUUAGCCAUCCACUCCGCCUUGCGGCGGAAUGAUUUCUCAAGCCUGGAUUUCUGCUCGUCUGUGCCAAGGUAUGCGUCCCCCGAGGGGAAGCCCAUGGAGUUGUAGUCGUGGUUGCUGUAAGCAGUGUUGGGGAGCUUAGUGGGGCCGGAAACGAGGGGCUCGAAGCCGACAAACUCCAUUGCGAAUGUAUUUCUGUAAAUUGUCAGAUAGGUCUUUUCGUGGCAAAAGGAGGGGUGAGUACCCAUCAAGCCAGAGGAUGUGAUCUGGCACGGAUGGCCUCUCCAGGCGCUGGUAGAAGGCAGGAAGGCGGACAUGCUCAGGAUCACACGGCUCAUUGAUAGGGUUGUAACCUGCGACCCAAGGGUUCCCCUUGUACCGCGCAGUAAUUAUUUCCCAUAGCCAUCGGUACAGUCUUGAUGGUAUUUAUAAUCCCAAAAAGACGCCCAG